UCCCGGAUGGUUGUGGCGGGGCAGGCCAUCAUGUCACAUCUGGGAGUUUUUCAGCCCACACGCGGGGUAAAUCUCAACCACAACCUCUGUAUGUGGUAGCUUCAGAUGGAAACAGAAACUAGUUAGAAAAAUGUGAUUCUUGCGCAGGGAAGUCAGAGCACCGAAGAGUUCAGAAGUGGGCGGGUGUCUGUGUUAAAAAAAAAAAAAAAAAGGGUGGAAACCCCACCAGCCAAGUCUGCAGAAAAAACUAAAUGAAGUCUGCCUAUCUCGGGGCCGGAGCCCCUCCCCUCGGGCCGCGCCGAGGAGUGUGACACAGGUGCCGCUUCCUCCCGGCUGCUGAGGGUCAACCACCGUCUCCCGGGCCGCGCCCCGCACCGGUCGGCGAUGAGCAGCCCCCAGGUCACAUCGCCGCCCCUGCCCCGCCAAGCUGGUUGUGACCCACCAGUGACUUGGGGCUUCCUGUGUGACAGACACGGCCCUAAAUAAUUCAUCCAUCACAAUCACACCGCCCAGGGAAACUGUAAGCACCCUGAGGUCAGAGACUCACUUUUUUUUUCUUGGAAGCUCUCCUGGUCCCUGCAGUGAUACGGGGAAGAGAGACACUGAGCAUCCCGUGCUGUCUGACUGUCAGCCGGCCGAUGCUGGGAAUUCACGACCAGCAUCCAGUGUCUGCCUGGACCCACAGCACCUGGGAACUGGUCCCUUAGAACCCGACCCCGGGAUGGCCUCGAGUGAGAUGGACAUCGCCGUCAUUGCAGGCGUGAUCGCGGCCGUGGCCUUCGUGCUGGUCUGCCUCCUCCUCCUCAUGCUGCACUACAUGUACCGGCACAAGGGCACGUACCACACCAACGAGGCCAAGGGCACGGAGUUUGCCGAGAGCGCCGACGCGGCCCUGCAGGAUGACCCGUCCCUCCAGGACAACGGAGACAGCAGCAGAAAGGAGUACUUUAUCUGAAGGACUUUACCAGGACUCACUUCCCCCCAACGCCUCCCCGCCUCCCCGUCCAGGAGAGAAAGCCCCACCCCCCACCUGCAGCACCAGGCAGCCUGCGAGCGCCUCCCCCGCACCCGCAGACACGCACCUCGCCUGGGGCACUGGGUGCCGCCCAGUGGGGGAGGGAGCGAAGGAGAAACCCAGCUGCAGAGGCCUCCCCCAGGGACCCAGGCAGGCUCUGCCGGAGGGAAGAGAGGGAGGAGGUCGGCUCCCCCUGCGCCUCGCACGUUGCCACCUGCGUGCAGGGCAUGGAAGUCCUCGCUGGGUGUGAAUGGGGCUGUGGGCCUAGGAGUGGGGAGCACGCCGACUGCGGAUAAAGACAUCAGAUGUCAGCCCUUGACUUUUGGGGGAAGCAGCAGGUGCCGGAGCUCAAAGGCACCUUUAUCUCCCAUGGAUGCAGCUCUGAAUGAUUGGAAAUAAAUCUGAAACGUAAUGGAGCAUUCAGAGUCAAAUGACAUGACUGUGAUUGUUUAGGGAAAGAUAAAGGCUGCCCAGGGCUUACUUGUUAUCCAUGCAAUUUUGUGUUCUCUGAUCGACUCCGCCAGCUGAUACUGGGACGGCCACGUCAGGCUCCACGGGACGGUUGUCAGAGAACACAGUCUGUACAGAUGGCUCCUGGGCCCCACCGGGGAGGGAGAAAGGGAGGGCCCAGUGACCAGCAUGCAUCUUCCCCACCUGGGCACAGCUUCAGGAAACAAAUGCACGAGUGCGGUGUCCCUCUAGAAAUAGGUUGCCCCGGCCCCCAGGGCACUAGCUGAAGCAUUGGUUCCCAAAUGCCUGGUAUUAGAAAAAAUGGACCUGUUAAAAAUACGAGUGAACCCCAUGGGAAGAGGGGGUCCCAAGCCCAAUUCUAACAUGCGGAGGAGGCUUCCCUACAGCAACAAGCAGUUCAACUCAAUGCUGACACUGUCUCCCCGGAGACAGAAUCAGAUUCCACAGGUAGAAGGCUCAGUCCUACAGGACCACCUCACCACAGACGUCAGUGACAGACCCACCAGCUGCAAACUGGAGGUUCCAACGACCCCCUCCGGGGGUUCGAUUGAUUUGCUAGAAGGGCUUGCAGAACUCAGGAAAACCAGUUGACUCACAGAUUACCGAUUUAUUAUCAAAAGUUAUUGAACCCCAAACUGCAAACUAUUACGUAUACAAUGGGUAAGCAACAAG